CAGGGUGUGGUGGUUUUGUGGCUGUGCUAAGCAUUUGCAUCAACAGAAAGUUGUGCACAGCAAAUAUUUGCUAUCAAGAGAGCAAGUGGGAUCGGUUGCCAUUGUUGGCUUUGAAUAAGUUUAGCUGAGAAGGGCCAAGGGAACGCACCAUGGCUGCUUGGUUACGAUGUCUCAUCCUCAUAUCGGUGUUAUCCUGGACAACAGAUCAUGUGCGGGCUCAGGGUAUACAAGCCUCGGAGAAUCCAAUACCCGUGGGGAAGAAUGUUACCCUUUUCAGCGAGAACCAAGUCACCACGGGCGCGUGGCUCUUUAACAACCAGCUAGUGGUCAUCAUAUUCCCCGGAGGUGUGGUCAUCGCUGCCAACAGUACGGGCAGGGUGGUGUACAAUUCCACCACCUCGGCAUUGACCGUGAUGUCGCUCAAGCUAGGAGAUUCUGGGACGUAUACGUUCCAGGAUGUGGGUUCCUCCGCUUCCCAGUUAGUGCUGUCGGUUCAAGAGCCCAUUUCAGGCGUGACCAUGACCGCGAACGGCACAGACCUGGUGGAGUUUAAUGACACGGUAACGCUCACCUGCGCCGUGGUCACGGGCACUUCCCUGUCCUUCACGUGGCUCAACGACACCGCCACGGUGACGCCCGGCGAAUACGUCCAUAUCAGCGACGACGGUUCCCAGCUCACCAUCGCCAAAGUGAAGCGCUACGAUGAAGGCCCCAUCAAGUGUAACGUGACCAAUGGCAUCAGCCAGGGAAUCAGUUCAUCUGUACUAUUCAACAUCAGCUAUGGACCCACAGCUGCCGCCGUGUCAGUCGUGCCCCCUAUGCACACCCACAUCACGGGUUCAAACAUCACCCUGUCGUGCUUGGCCGAGUCCAAGCCCCCGGCAACGAUCCAGUGGAUGUUGGACGGGGUGAACCUCAACCACUUCGGGGUGCAGCUUGAACUACCAAUGGUUGCUGAGAACCAUUCGGGGGACUACCAGUGUCUCCUCCACAACUCUGUGACAUCCAGGUUCAGCAGCACGAGUGCAAUGAUCAGGAUCAUGGCGCCGAUUACAGCAGUGAUGGUGAACCACACGGGAGGAGUGGCGGUGGCUCAGGAGCCCUUCACCCUCAACUGUCAGGUGAACGGAGAGGUGGAAAUCAUCCAGUGGUGGAUGAACGACGACCCGGUGUCUGCUGACGACACCACAAUAUUUGAUGCGGACAACCGAACACUGACUUUGAACCCAGCCCAGCCCUCCGAUGCCGGCCAGUAUAAGUGUCAGGCUUUCAACGCCGUGAGCAACAUGACUAGCAGCCCCUACAUCCUGGAGGUCUACUACGGGCCAAACACGCCAGUGAUCACGGCACCCUCCGUGGCCCUGAUUGGAAACCAGGUUCUCCUCAAUUGUUCCAGCAUCUCCCAUCCUCCGAGCAUGUACAGCUGGCGCUUCAACGAAACUGAGGUGGCCAACACCGCCGAGUACCUGGCAGGACCGUUGGCAUUCAACAUGAACGGGACGUACACCUGCAUCGCCUUCAACAAUGUCACCGGGAGAAACAGCACAGCGUACCACAUGCUCACUGUUUUGGCUCCGGUGAGCAUGGCCUCCAUAACAGCGGCUAGUGCACAUCCAAUCCUGAACAACACCUUCAGCCUCACCUGCGAGACCGAAGGAAAUGUGGAGUCCAUCACCUGGCAGCAAAACGGAGCCCCACUGUAUGAAGACGGCACCACAAACCUUUCCUUGAAUAACGACACCCUCACCUUUGAACCCGUGUUGAUGUCCCACAACGGGAAUUUCACGUGUGAAGCUUCUAACCCUCUCAGCAGCUUGACCAGUGAAAAUUAUACCCUCAACGUCAUAUAUGGACCCGGAGUGCCAAACGUCACCUUACCCAUUGUGACGCUGGAGGGAAGCAGCGUCACGCUCGGCUGCAGUGCUUUGUCGUACCCCUCCAGCCAGUACAUGUGGUUCUUCAACGGCACCCCCGUGGCCAACACCUCCGUAUACCUAACACCUGCUCUCAACACAAACAUGAGUGGGACAUACACUUGCGAGGCCCACAACACCAUUACCGGCAACAACAGCUCCGCCGACACCAUGCUGACUGUUCUCGAGAAAAUCAAAUAUGUACACAUAGAGGUGCCUGUGCAUCCUCCCGUGGAAGGAUAUUCCUACAUGAUGAUGUGCAACGUGUCCGGCCCUGCUGACCAAGUGGCAUGGCGAGUAAACGGACAGCCUUUGAUCACGGACGACAGGAUCGCGAUGUCCGUGGAUAACCGGACUGUCACCUUCAACGAGUUGCACCGUAAUGAUUCUGGACUGUACCAUUGCUGGGCUAUUAAUCUGGCUCAACACAUGCUAAGCCCUCCUCACAUGCUCCUUGUAAACUUUGGACCAGAAACGCCCAUGGUUUAUGGUCCGUCGAUGGCUGUGGAGGGACAGUCGGUAAACUUCAGCUGCUCCGCAGUGUCGCUGCCCGACAGUCACUUCACCUGGUGGCACAACGACACGAAGGUAGCCAACAGCUCCCUCUUUGUGUCAGCCCCUUUGACACUCAACAUGAGUGGAAAGUACACUUGCAUGGCCCGCAAUCCCGUGUCGGGAAUGAAUAGCACCAGCGUCCUGAUGCUCCAGGUCCUUGAGGCCAUCAAGUCGGUGAUGUUGGAAAACAAUACGAUUCCCAUCGAUGGCGACAACUUCACGCUCACCUGUGAGGUGGACGGGCAUUACACAUCCAUCCAGUGGAGGAAGGGCGGGAUGCAUCUCACAGAAAACUGGUCCACCACCAAUCACUCCCACUACUUCAUACGAGAGAACAGGCUUCACUUCUUACCCUUGACGCGCGCGGACGACGGCAUGUAUGUGUGCGUCGCCAGCAAUCCGGUCGGUCUUCACGAAAGCCCCCCGUAUGAUCUCCUGGUCAACUACGGGCCUCUCAGCGUGACUAUCUCAGGUCCGGAGUUGGCUAAAGAAGACCUCACCAUUUCCAUCACGUGCGUUGCCGAUUCUCGGCCGGAAAGCGAGUACCAGUGGUUUAUGAAUGACAUGCCUUCGUCAGCCUUCGCCUUCGGCAGUAUCAUCCAAAUCCCACUGCUGGAGUCCAACUACACGUGCAAGGCAAGGAACCCUGUGACCAACAUCACGAUGUCUAAGACCAAGUCCCUUGGCCUCAUUGGUUCCGCUUCUGCCCUCCAUUCACAACCCCAUAAAUUCCUUGUAAUCAUAAGUGUUUUUAUCAUGUCCGUCCCAGUUCUCGUCCACUGAAUGGCUCCAAAUCAUCCGUAAUUUUGUAGUUAAUACAAAAUGUGAGGGCAAGGUGUCCUCCAGUCAGUAAUUUUUGGUUGUUUGAAAAGGCACAGAAGAAGCAUUGACAUUUGUAACAAUCUGAUAUUCUUAAUUGUAAUUUUUACUGACAGCACGUUGUGAUUAUUGCUGUCACUGCACUGGAACACACCUGUAGUCCUUUCAAAGUGGCUCCAUUGCUAAAAAUCAACUUUUGCACUUUUCCACGGUCACGUUAGAUCAAACUGUAUGAAAUGUAUACAAAUUUUUAUCAUGCAUUGAUUUGCCGUAUUUAUUUCUCAAUCAAUAAAACUUGUAAGACUGGUUGGCCCUUGCGCCAUGUUGUCUUGUUAAUUGUGCUGGUAGCCUACUAAGUUACUUGGUGCAUUAAGUUUUUUUUGCUUGUUCUUAUAUAUUUUGGAGAAAGUGUAGAAAGUCAAAUACCGUGUCUCAAAAACAGUAUUCAUAAACAUGGUUGGGGAUAAGAGACAGGCCAGUACACCAGACGCUGGAGGGCGGGGCGGAGGAAGACACCAACUCAUUGGUAGCAUGAGGUAUAUACAGUACAUCUGAAAGCCACAGAUGUUGCUCAUGUAGCAUCCCGAACAUGGAUACAGUAGGAGGAAAAGGUAUGUGAACCCUUUGGAAUUUCUUACAUUUCUGCAUAAAUUGGUCAUGUCAUCUUAUGGCCAUUUAAAGCACAGGAAUAAACAGUCUGCUUAAACUAA